AUGCUCGCACUACAGAUUUUGCCGUUACUGUCCGUCGUUGCACUCGCAUCUCCUCUGCUCAGGAGACAAGCCGGCAGCGAAACCCGAACUAGGACAGUCGAUGCACUCUGGGAUGGCCAAUGUUUUUAUCCCGAAUCAGAUGACGGGUUCGAUCUAGAAGACUAUCUAGGACGAUGGUAUCAGGUUGCAGGAACAGUUGCACCAUUUACCGCAGGCUGCACGUGUAUCUUCGCAGAAUAUAGUCUGAACGACAAUGGGACUGUCAAUGUCUUCAAUGGAUGUCAGGCAGGAGAGCAAAAUAUUGAGAUACAAGGGAACGCAGCAGCAGCGGACGAGACCUACGGCGAUGAAGGAGUGUUCCGUGUUCAAUUUCCUGGUCAACCGCCUCCUGAAUGCCCCGGCCCUAAUUAUAUCGUUCAAGGUAUGUGA